CAAAAUUUAUUACUAUCACACUAACAGACAACAACCCAUAAAGCUGCUUCUCCCUCUAUGCCCUGCAUUUAAUUCCUCAAUCUUCCCCUGCUUUUCCAUUUUUCCUAAUAAUCCAAUCUUUAAGAGUAGAGAGCAUUUUUUUCCAGAACUCACAAAUGGGUUGCUCUGCAUCUCGUUCCAACACUCUUCUCACUUCACACAAUGCAGACCACCAAGAUAAUACUACAAAUAAGCCCACUAAUCUUUCAUCUUCUUCUUCUUCAAGCUCAUCUUCUUUUUCAAACUCUGAUUCUUUUUUUUACCAAAAGACCCCUAUUUCAAGAACUAUUUCCAUGCCCACCCCACUGGUUCACCACCCUCCUCUUCGAAAAGGGGACACAAAUCACUUGGUUUCACUCACUUCUACUACUUAUGGGUCAUUAGUUCUUGCUGACCCGGUACCCGACCCGGCUGACCCGGAUUGUGACCCGUCUUCUUCUCCGGGCUCUGUUAUCAACACUUGGGAGCUAAUGGAAGGGCUAGAUGAGUUGGAUAUUGAUGGGCCUCAAAACCCAAAAGGGAAUUCUGGUAGGAAUGGUGAAAUGGGUUUGUUUCCUGCCGGGUCGGACUUUUUGAAUUCGUGUGAGGUGGUGGAGCAUAAGGAUUCUAAGCCAUUGUGGAAGCAUUUGUCUGAGGAAUCAAUGUUGGCUAAAUUGGACCCGAAUGUGGUUUCGAGUUAUAGAAGAGCUUUGGUUUCGAGGCAAUUGGGUUAUUCUAAAGAUUCAAGCUUUACUAAAGACUCAAGUUUUAUUAAAGAUUCAAGCUUUACUAAAGACUUGAGUUUCACUAAAAAUUCAAGCUUUAAAGAAAUUAUAGAAGUAGAUGUGAAACCAGCUAGAUUAGUAGUGAGCAAGUCAUUGUUAUAUUUAUCUGGUUGUGAAGAUAAAAUUGUGUUGUAUUUUACUAGUCUAAGAGGAAUUAGAAAGACUUAUGAAGAUUGUUGUCAAGUAAGAAUGAUUUUGAAGGGCUUUAAGGUAUUUGUAGAUGAAAGGGAUAUUUCGAUGGAUUCGGAAUAUAAGAAGGAAUUGGAAAAUUUGUUUGAUGGCAAGAAGGGGUUUGGCUUGCCUAAAGUGUUUAUUCGGGGGAAGUGCAUUGGUGGUGCUGAGGAGAUUAAGCAACUUCAUGAAGAUGGUGAAUUGGGAAAACUUCUGGAAGGUUUUCCGGUUAAGGAUCCAGGGUUGGUUUGUGAUGGCUGUGGGGAUGCAAGGUUUGUAUUAUGUCCUGAUUGUAAUGGCAGUCGAAAGGUGUUUGAAGAAAACGGAGAAUUGAGAAGAUGCCCAGGUUGCAAUGAGAAUGGAUUGAUUCGAUGCCCAGGUUGCUGUUCUUGACUACUACUUUCUAAGUAGUGAGAUGCAUACCUUUAGCAAAGCCACCCACAGAAAGAAGUUUCUACUAUCGCUUUGUAUCCUGGGGGCAUGGGGGCAUUGUAGCAUACUGAUACUUUUUUUUUUUUUUUUGGACGAAAGAUACUUCUUUUAGUAUAGGUGUAUGAGCGGGUUUCUAAGCCUUUGUGAUUAAUAAUGCCAAAUAUUUAUUUUUAAUUAUACUAUUGUUUCUUGGAGACUUGCAUUUGAAUUUGAAUCGAUAGAAAUGUUAAUCCUGCAACAAAGACAGUGCUCGGAGGCUUGCAUAUGGGAAUUAAUUGGAGAUGUAGAUGUGUCUCUUUUAAGCCUGCAAUUUCUUUUUUUAUAAUCUUGGGAAGCAUUCAGUCUGGCACUUUUAUACAUCAGGCCUGUUAUAAUUACCUGGUCACUCUGUACAUUGGUUUUGGGUGCUCAUUAUGUAUGGGUUUACAAAUUAAUUGAGGGUAGUGGGAAUGCCUGGGACUGUGGUCAGAGAUUCGGUGUUUCCAUUACAGCUUAUGUAUUUUAUUGCUAUAGAUUUCAUUGAUUUACUACCAGGGUUUUGGAGAGGGAAAUGAAUGAGUGAUGUACAUAUUUCAAGUGGGUGUGUUUAGGACUUAUA